GUCCCAUCAAUGAAUUUGUGUACUUGUCCCAUAUCAGUCACACAUAUUUUUGUGAAACGGAAGCAGAGGUCUACAUUUCAUUUGUUUGGACUAAUGUUUUCAAAUGAUUUAUCUGCACUGUGUAGUCAAUCAAUGUGCAGUCAGCUAUUAGAAAUUUUUCCACCUGUCCGAGCUUUGUUGUACUUUCACCCAUGUAGAGUGCAUGCUUGUGAUAAGAAAAAUCAAUAUCGGAAUCAAUCGGCGGUAAAAUUUCACUUUCCCACUCUGUCUCAAGCGUUGAUCCUCCCACAAACUGGGCAUUUCGACUCAUAUAAAUUGGUAAUUAGUUUUUUUAAUCAUCACUCUACUGCAGUUUUUGGUCAAGGUGUUUCAUUGUGAAAUUGUAUAAGGAUUUCAGUGGCAUUUAUUGUUUCAAAUGUGUCGUGAGCUGAGGAAGUAAAUAGGAAGUGCAUAUAGUGGCUGUCGACUAGCUGACAUCUGUGGAUUAUUGGCAAAACUGUAUUUAGUUGGAAUACUUGAGGAUGGAGUCGACUGUAAGCCAGUUGAAAGCAGUGUUGCUAUGCUUUCUAUGCAUAGUGCAUGGUUCAUUGUCAGCUGAGCCUGAGACAACAACUGAUCAAUGGCAACCCGUUUACAAAACAAAUAGCACCAAAGAAUGGAAAGCUCCAACCGUCCAGGACGCGAAGUGGCGAGACCCGUCCUAUGUUCCCAACCGCAGGGAACACGUGGUCACAGUCUACCCAUCGGCGCCGUUCCCAAUCGGCGGUGUCCCAAGUAGCGCAUCCCCGUUCCCGAUUGGGAACGCUAAGCUCACCAACCUACACCAGUUCCCGCCAACUCACUACGCGCAUGCGCUGAACAGGCAGGACUCAUUCGGCGCAGCUGAUAGCAGUUUUUACAGCGCAUAUGCGCCGGCCGCACCGAUUUACGGGCCUUCUGCGCACUACUCCCCCCACCACCAUCACCAUCACUCUGGAUACCCCCCUCCACCACCACCACCUCCUCCUCCGUUCCCCAGCAGUGAUCAGCAGGUGAACAUUGAGCUGGCAUUCGACAAGCUUGUGUUGAGGUGUUCGGUAGAGGAUCCGCUUGAGCAUCUAGUAUGGACCAGAUACCCUUGCCCCAACGAGUACUUCUACGGCCAAGGCAUAGCGGUGGCAGAGGGUUCCGUGGUAAACAACCCCGACCUCUACGAUGUGCGCAUAGUUGGCGAGGGUGGGCACACGGGGUCCGAGCUGCUAAUGAAGGCGCCCCUCGACCCGGCCAGUAGCGGCCUCUACGUCUGCGAGGCCUGGCCACACUACCAGAAAGACCCCGUUGGCGACUACAGUGGACCCGGCCUUAUGGUCCGCCCAAACCGGUCUACCCGGCCUUCUCCGAUGUGUUUAUCAUUGGCGGCAGUGAGCUGCUGGAGGAAUGCUACAAACAUCCGCCACAUUUCCACAAGAAACCGCACCAUCUCAAGAAACACUACGACGAGGAGUUUAUCGAAGACGAUGAGCAUCCUCCCAUCAAGGUAACAGGUCCUAAAAAGAGUAAACACGUUGACGCUAUCCGAAAACCUAGGAACAUCACACGGUUCGAAAACUCUCCAACAUCCAAUAAAGAUUUCUUCUCUCCAACAUCUUUCACUACCAAUGAAGAUGGUUCCCCUAGAUACAACCUACGGUUCGAGAACGUGACCCUCCAAAACGCAUCAGCUAGAGAUCUAUUCAGAUCAGCGUCUGCCUUCUCCCAUCUCUUCCGUAAAGAUAAUGGGUUCCAAUUCAUGAGAAACCUAUCCUACGAGGUGAGAGAUGACAACACAACUCAGCGACCUUCCCCCUUCUCAAUUUUCAAAUCUAACGGUUUCAACAACCUCAACUUCAAGAGGAACACUACGUUCCAGUUGUUUAAGAAAGACGGGCUGUUUGGAUCUAGUCCGUUCUUGGCUAACAACAAAACUGUGGAUGCAACUAAACCGAAGUUGGCCGGUUUUGAUGAACCGGAAACUAAACCUGGUUUAAGUUCGUCGUUGUUCAGGAAACCGGCGGGGGAUGAUAAGUUCAGGUUUGGGGGAGAUACGCAAGAUGACCCGGAAACUAAACCUGGUUUAAGUGCGUCGUUGUUUAGGAAACCGACGGGUGAUGAUAAGUUCAGGUUCGGGGGAGAUACGCAAGAUUCAAGCAGUGUUUUCAGCACUAAAUUCAUGAAGAAGAAAGACGAUAUCAACAACAUCAAUCCAUCUCAACCCGUGAGGAAUUCGGAGAGUUUAUUGAGUGACGCAACCAUCUAUACAUCGUUUGAUGACCGUGUCUUAGAGAAUCAGUCUGUCAAUAAUGAUUCCAAGUCAGAGAAUGUUCCAGAAAUAAAGUUUGAGUACAAUGGAAAUGACAAAGAAAGUCCUUGGAUUGUAUCUGAUAGUUCAUUCGCAGUUCCUCAAAUGUCUAACAAUAGUAUACAGAUUGAUUUGUCAUCAGGUAGGAAAUCGAAAAUUUUAGAAAUUUAGGAACUUGUUUUAGAAAGUUUUAUGAGUACGGUACAAAUUUAAUAUUGGUUUUGUAGAAUAUUGACUUAUUUUAUUUGGCUGAUUAUUGUGAAUAAGCUAUCCUUACAAAUUUAACAUUGGUUUUUGUAGAAUAUUGACUUAUUUUAUUUGGCUGAUUAUUGUGAAUAAGCUAUUAGGCCUAUUACAAAUUAAACAUUGGUUUUUGUAGAAUAUUGACUUAUUUUAUGUGGCUGAUUAUUGUGAAUGGGCUAUUACUACAAUGUAAUCAUGUUGAAUAAUAUUCAACUCAAAAUAAUUCUUUAUUGAUUUAUACAAUAAUUACAUCAUCUAAAUGAUGUAAUUAUUACAAGCUUGUAAUUAUUACAAGCUUUUAUGUGGAGAGAGAUGAUCAAUAUUCAAAUAAUGAAUUCAUUAUUUUUUAUAAUUCAAAUGAAUAAUUCCAUAAUCUGCCUUCUGCAUAUUCAAGUUAUGAAAUCUACCAUAUGUCCAAUACUAAUUGUUAUUGUGAACACAUUCCAGAAUUUUUGAGUUUAUUUUCUUGUAUAGUGAGACAUAUUUGGUCUGUUUAAAUUAGAAUGAAUUAUCCACCUUUUUGUAUUGGGAUGGAUACUACAACAAAAAACCAUGCUUAGAAAACGGUUAUCCUUGUUAUAUAGAAUUGAAUGGUUUUCCAUUCAUUAUUUCUCUCAAAUCAUUAACCAUAUUGUUACAGUAAAUCAACUAAGGUAUAAUAUCAUUAU